GGCCAAUACAAAGGGCGUAGAACAACAUUCCACGCUACAAUGAAGCUCACAGUCAUUAUAGGACAACUAUUUUCCCUAAACCCAGUGCUGGGAGUCUGUGAUCCAGAUACGACCAAACUUAGGUUCACUUACUUUUCCGGACGCUGCGCUUACACUUUCUUAACCAUCUCGUGCCAAGUGAUCUUUCUAAAUAUACUAUUUUUAGUAAGAUAUCUUAGAAUCUCCGACACUGAUGUAAAUUUGACCACUGCGCUAGUGUUCUACGCAUCGAAUACAAUAAUCACAGUCUUAUUUCUCCGCAUAGCUACAAAAUGGCCUAAGCUAUGCCAAUACAUAGCGAGGACUGAGGCGGCAGACCCUCUUUAUGAUACAACUCUUGUGAGGAAAUGUAAUUUGUCGUGCAUUUUGAUUCUUCUUUUGGCUGCUUUGGAACACGGUUUAUCAGAAAUAGCUGGUUUCGUUUCGGCAGCAGAUUGUGAACCGGAGAAAAUCUAUCACACAUUCAUCGCGAACAGCUUUCCAUGGAUUGAAGAGGUUAUUACCUACAGCCAAGCUCUUGCAAUCCUAACACAGUUUCUGAACAUACAAUGUACUUUCAACUGGAACUUUGCUGAUGUGUUCAUAAUUUGCAUCAGUUUUUACCUCACCGCAAGACUCGAACAAGUUAAUAAAAAGAUAGCGGCGUCUCGAGGAAAGUGCGUACCAUUAUCAUUUUGGAGAGCAGUUCGUGAAGACUACAACAGAGCUACCGGUUUGGUCAGACGGGUAGACGAAGUGAUUGGCAGUGUUAUAUUUAUCUCCUUUGCUAACAAUCUGUUCUUCAUUUGCUUACAACUCUUGCACAUGCUUGCAGAUGGUAUCAAAACGACACCGUCCUGCAGUGAAGGACCUGAAAAAAGAUUGUUCCGCGGCUAUGAACACGCAGUGUAUUACGCGUAUUCCCUGAUAUUCCUGAUUUUGCGGUCUACCACCGUCUCCCUCGUAGCGUCCCGUAUUCAUACGGCUAGUCGGGAACCAGCAUACACGCUAUACGAAGUGCCAUCUGCAGUUUACUGUAUUGAGGUUCAAAGAUUUAUAGAGCAAAUUCAUGGCGAAACAGUAGCACUGACUGGUCUACAGUUUUUCAAAGUGAAGCGUGGAAUCGUUUUAGCAAUCGCGGGAACAAUAGUGACGUAUGAACUGGUGUUGAUGCAAUUCACUGGAGUCACCCCUACCGCUGCUCCCCUGCACAGUGAUACAGAUUCCCAAUAA